UAUUGUCCACCUGCUUCACGACCUUGUGCGCUUGUCUCCUUCAGCUCAUGAUCCCGAUGGAGAGCAACGCUAAGAGGGGAUUGGGAGACUUGAACGUCAUGGAGGAAUCACAGGCAGAGCCUGCAGGCUUAGAGAAGGGUUCAAAGGAUGAGGAAGCAAGACGCCCGGUGGCACAGUGGACAGCAGCCGAAGUGUGUGCCUGGCUAAGAGGAAAAACCUUGGGAACUCCAGGCAGUCCACUGCUGGAGGCAGCCAAUAGCCAUGCCAUCUCUGGCAAGGCUCUCUUGCGCCUCUCCGAGGAAACCCUGGAGCGCAUGGGGAUCAUGCCGAAGAGCCUGCGGGAGGAGCUGUUGCAGGAGAUCCUCCUGCUGCGCAUUCAGCAAGAAAUGGAAGAUUUGCUGGGCAUUUCAGAUGAAUAAUCCAGGAAGUCCAGCAGUUUAAAAUUACAACCGUCUGAAAAUCAGCCAUCUUGAAGCAUCCUUUAGAAUUAGUUAUUGGUGUCAGCUGUGCCUCCAGUUGGAUUGCGGGUUCAUGAAUUGGAGAAUGAAAAUCAGUCAUUUGAGACUCGGACUCAAUUCUUCAUGUCCAGUGCAAGUUCUUUUGUAGAAAAGUAUGGACUUCGAAAAGGAGGCUGUUCUGUUAUUAUUACCCCACAUGGAAAGACCUGCUGAUAGCUGUUGAAAAUGUACUUCAACACUGGGCUAUUCUGCAACAGUGAAGGGGGGAAUUAAAUCUUUGGAGAGCAUUCAAGGUUUCCAAGUCAUCUUAAGAAUAAACCUAUUCACAUCAUAUAAUAUCAG